AUGUCGCACUUUAAUAGGCACGCCUACCGUUUACUGGGCGGCGGCGGCAGCAGCAGAUCGACCGCCGGCGGUUCUGGCAAACGCAAAGGACUCUCGGAAUCCAUUCAUCCGGCCACGCUGGUUGAGCAGGUCGUGGCCGACAGGAUACAGCAGCAGCAGCGAAUGUCGUCCAAGUUGCAGCUCACCGGGCGGCGGCAAAUGGAGCCCGGCGAGGACGAGAGCGAUGACGACGUGAGUCGAUCCUUAUGCGGCCUAGAUUUCGGUGGCGGCGGCCCCGUGGACGAUGCCGAGGAAAUCGUUUCAAUCCGCGACAGUAGCUCCUCCAUCCAUGGCUACGAAAACGGUGACGACGGAGAAGCCGAAGCCGCCGAGGAGGAAGAGGGUGAGGAGGACGACGACGACGAUCAGGAUGACGAGGAGGACGAUCAGCCAGAUUACGAUGGCGAGGAAGAGGAUUUAGAGGACGAAGAAAAUGCGGAGGAAGAAGAAGAGGAUGGGGUGGAGGACGGAGAAGAAGAUGCGGCCGAGGACGAUGGGGAAGAGAACGACGAUACUGAGGAACUCAGCGAUGGUGAGUCGGAUGUGAUCGACUGUGACAAGUACGACGAAAUGCGGUCCAAACGGAAGGCCCAACCGCAACAGUACCACCUCCAUUACGUUGCCAACGGCCAGAGCAAUGGUGCGGCAGACCAAGGAAACACUGCGGAAGGCAGCGUCUACGGUGUGUACAAUGGCCAGCUCCUGGACAAGGAGACGCUCGAAAUGAUUAAGGUUUCGGCAAUCAACACCAAAGUUCAAUUGGCCCAGAGCGACAAGGUUGGGCUGGAUGACUUUCAGUUGCUGAACGUUCUCGGCACGGGAGCCUACGGUAUGGUCUUUCUGGUGCGGAAGGUAACGGGUGUCGAUAAGGCGACCCUGUACGCGAUGAAGGUGCUGAAGAAGGGGAUCGUGAGCCAAAAGAAAAAGACAGCGGAACACACCCGGACGGAGCGACAGGUCCUGGAGGCGAUCAAGGAUGCGCCGUUCCUGGCGAAGCUGCAUUACGCCUUCCAGACGGACUCGAAGCUGUACCUCGUCCUGGACUACGUCAUCGGUGGCGAGUUGUUUACGCACCUGUACAAGCACGAACGCUUCUCGGAGGAAGCGGUGCGGAUCUACGUGGCGGAAGUUAUCGUGGCCAUCGAGCAUUUGCACAAACUGGGCAUCCUUUACCGGGACAUUAAACUGGAAAACAUCCUGAUCGACGCCGAGGGUCACGUCGUGCUGACCGAUUUCGGUCUCUCCCGGGAGCUUGUCUACCAAACUGAGCGUGCACUCAGUUUUUGCGGUACGAUCGAGUAUAUGGCGCCGGAAAUUCUGAGCUCCUCACCGGAGGGUCACGGUCCACCGGUCGACUGGUGGUCGGUGGGUGUCCUCACCUUCGAGCUGCUGACGGGCGUUUCACCGUUUCACUCGGACGAAGGGCAGCCGGAAAUUCAAAGGCGCAUCGCGAACGAGGAACCGAUCAUGCCGUCGCGCAUCUCGCGAAACGCGGCCGACUUUAUUCGCCGGCUGCUGGAGAAGAACCCAAAACGGCGGCUCGGUAGCGGGCCACUGGAAGCGAACGAACUGAAGGCGCACCCCUUCCUGAAGUCCAUCGAUUGGGCGUCGCUCGUGCGGAGACGCGUCACGGCCCCGCUCAAACCGAGCGUGACCAGCGAGGUCGAUACGCGGUACUUUAGCGAAGAGUUUACGCAACGGGAAAACGUGGACGAACCGUGCGCACCGCCACCGAAUGCUGACCUGCUGUUCAGAGGUUACUCAUUCGUUUCACCGAAGCUGCUGUCGACCAAGAUUCGGAACCGGACCGCGUUCAUUCCUAUCCACAACACGCGACCAAACGAGAAAACCAUCCGGCGGCGUGCGUCGAGGCAAUCGCCGUUCUUCAAGAAGUACGAUCUAACGCGCGAUGCGGCGAUCGGUGUCGGGCAGUACUCCAUCUGUUUGAAGUGUGUGACGCGCGGAGCCGGAACUCAGUCGCACUACGCCGUGAAGGUGCUUUUCCCUCACCCGCAAACGGCGGAGCUGGCGAAGCAGGAGAUGGAAGCGCUUCGGCGGUGCGAGGGGCACCCGAAUGUGGUACGGUUCGUCGAGCGGAUGGAGGAUAAGGAUCACAUUUACUUGAUCCUCGAACUGCUCGACGGCGGCGAGCUGCUGCAGCGCAUCCAGGAGCAGGAGGAUCAGCGGUUGAGCGAACCGCAGGCACGCACCUACUUCCGCCAGAUGGUCGAGGCCGUGUCGUUUAUGCACCGCAACGGGAUCGCUCACCGAGACCUCAAACCGGAGAACGUACUGUUUGAUCACCCUGCGUCGGAGCGCCUGAAAUUGAUCGACUUUGGUUUCGCGCAGUCGUUCGGUGAAAGCGGCGGAACCGUGCCACCGUCGUCCUCAUCGUCGGCGGCAGCGUGGCUGCCGGCGGGAACGCUCAACUAUGCGGCCCCCGAAGUGCUCGAUCCGUGCGAUGUGUACGCCUUGGAGGCGGCCGACCUGUGGUCGCUCGGCGUCAUCCUCUACACGAUGCUGCGGGGUCAGGCCCCGUUCAUACCGCGCGAGUUCAAUGGGCACGAAAAUCUGGCGUCACUCGCGAAACAGAAGGAGAUCAUCAUGAACAAAAUCCGGCGCGGUUCGUUCGACCACACGGCGGAGUCAUGGGAGGGCGUCAGCAGGGUGGCGCUCGAUCUGGUGAAGCGGCUUCUGACCGUCAAUCCGGACGCUCGCCUUACGAUGGAAGAUCUGCUCGAGCACCCGUGGUACUCGGAACCGGACAGCAGCUUGGUCGCUCGCAAGGUCGGAGCCGAAACGACACAAUCAACCACACGGUGCUCGCUGGAGCACCUGCAGGCCAACGUGUACAACAUGUACGACGCGUUCCGGCACAUCGAGCGGCAAGGUUUCCGGUUGCGAAAGUUGCCCCGCCCACGGGCGCGGUUGCCUGACCGGAGCCGUGAUUCGCUGCUGGCAAAUGGGUCGACGGUGGCCAACGGUGGUAGUAGCAAAACGGCCACGACCAGUCAUCGGACCGUCGCCGCUAAAUCGAUCGAAUCACAGUACAGCAGCUCGAUGGAGGAGAGCACCUCGAGCGGUAUCGGGCGCAGCAAGAGCAGUAAAAGCAGUCUCUCGCUCUCGGGCGGCAGCCCGGAACGGGGCGUCCGAAGCAGUGACUCACUGAACGGGUCGAUUGUGGUUGUCAGCGACGAAGAGGACGAAGAGUCGGUGGUGACGACCACCGGAAAGCCGGUUCUACAACGGCCGGCUGAAGAAGAACGGCCGGAACAGGAAAUGGUUGUUGACUCAACGGAAGCGACGGACGGGAUGACGACGACGAUGGCUACCACGAUGGCCGACAGUAUGCAGACGGAGGACCAAACGGACACAGAAGACAUCGCCGAAAGCGGCGAUACGGACAGCAAAGUGGAUGUGAAGCCCAACCUAGGAAAGCUACUUUUUUCGUCCGUCAGGCCAAUUGCCAACCUGACCGCGGACAUUGAUAUGUUGCUGCUAAAAGGUGGCGCAAUAAUCAAAAUGGAGAGCAACAACAACGACCCCAUGUCUGUGAAGCUUGAGCAAGAGGAGGACGAGGAAGAGGACCGAGAAGAUGGCGACGAAGAAGAGUUCGAAGAAGAGGAUCUGGACCACACGACGUCGCCAGCGCGGCAACGGAGUACGGAAGCGGAGUGCACGAGCGCGACGGUGUCACGACGGGAGCGGGAAUCGGUGCGGAGCGCAGAAGAGAACCGGAUCUCGAACGGAGCAAUGAAUUUAGACACCACCACCACCGAAGAGCCUUCGCCCGGGCCGGCGGUGCAAGACAUUCGACAAUCCCCAACACCGCCCCCGGGUGACGAAACGGUGGCCAACACAGCUGCUCCUGGCCUGCUCUCUGAUCGGCAAGAUCGCCCAACCAUUGUGCCUAGUAGCCGGACAUCCAGCUGUUCGACAAUACCUUUCGAGGAUCAACCAUUCUGGGAGCAAUAUGAUGCAUUAUCCAACACGGACAGUGAUCAACUAGCGACGGAACUGGCGACCGACGUGCUGCUGCUGCAGCCGGUGCCGGAGUCGCCCCUCGUUCACGAGACCCCCGCUCCCAGCAGCAGCAGCAGCACAGAUGAUCUGUUCGCUGGUUUCGGACGGUUUUCCGUGGACGUUGAAAGCCUGCUCCACGGAUUUAGCUCCGACACAUCCGGCCCGUUCCUUGGGUUUGCUGACGCAAGUGACGAAGAGAGCGCCACCCGGUCGCAGCAGGUGGUCCCACAGCUCACCCUGGCAUACGGGGUCAUCCGGGUCGAGGAGGAUAUGCCUCGUAUACGAAAGCGGAGACCGGAAAUUGGCACUCUGGAGGACAUGGUACGGCCGAAGAUGCUGCGACCGCGGAAACCGGUAUACUACGGUGCCAGACAGUGGAAGCGAAGGAAAGAGCAAGCCGCCUGA